UUUGGCCGUCGUCACUUUCCUGGUCGAAAUGCCUCCUACUUCUCUCCUCACCAUCUCUCUUUUGCUUCACUCACGAUUCUUUGCGCCAUGUACGACAACUUCACUUUGCUUUAUCCUCGCGCCUUACCACUUCUUCGCAAGCCUAAGACGACACGGCCACGGUAGCCUUAAGGCCUAGCGCGGGGUGUCGCGGAAGUCCAAGCGCAAGAAUGUCUUCUGACACCGAACCGCGUCUAUCUCAGGACUUCUCACCAUCACAGCGUCACUAUUGGACUACACAUUGGAAAAGUGACGGGCCACCACGGAUUGUCAUUUCCGACGAAGACUCAUUCACGCCUGCUAUGGGUCAAUCUCAAUCGGCCCUGCAGCGCGACUCUGGGGGAAUGAAACGCCCGCUCUCGGCGCCUUCCCCAAGCCACAACAUCUUACAACACAACGACACACCUCAAACCUCAAUUGACGACAAAGGCUCCUUACACUCUAAAUCUAGAGUCUUGAGAAGGCUCUCCUUGGUGGUGCGGCGCCCUAAGCCCGGCACACCUCUCCGUAUCAAUGCCAUAAAACGAAGAAGCGCAUUGGAAAGCUUCGAUCCAAGGCGUGACUCUGCCUUGACUGAGACCUCAAACAACCUCAGUAUCCCUGAAGCUCACAAUAGAACACCCACUGCUGAGCCGGUCCUGUCUGAUAUUAUACCGGUCGACUCUGACAGUAUUACGGCUCCAUCUACGUCAGACACGAGGCCUGCUACCAGUAGUCUCUCUGCAAUACAACAAGAAGAUCUCAUUCUAUCCGAAAAAGUACGAGCUCUGUACGACGUACCUGAACAAAUCGAGACAUCGACCCCGGCAGAUGAUGACGAGAUAAUCAUCGAUCAUUCCGCUGUUGAUAGAUAUGGAUUCAUAAUCACUGAUCCUCCAACAAGCCGGAAUUCGAAAGAUUCUAAUGAGACCACUCCACCAAUAAGAGAGGACUCCAAACUCAGAUCAAAUCCGUCAACACUGCGUCGACUGAAACCGCAUUCGAUGAUUCACAAAGCUUCAAGACGGUCACUCCGGCGCACACCAUCUGUCAUCUCGCGUGCUAGAAGUAACGUUUCUGUACGAUCAGUUCGCUCCUACACAUACCUUCACCUACCUCAAAAUCACGACAAAAAGAUUAUAUACAACGCUGGAAGCAUGCUUCUAGGACCUUCAGGAAUGGUCAAUUUCCCAGAGAAAGCGCAGAGCCGCAAACAAACGAUACAACAGAAGAAGCGAGAAUGGAGACGUGAAGACAAAUGGAGAGCGAUGGCGAAAAAGGUCGUCAAUGCAAACGGAGGCGGUACAGAUUUUCAAUUCGACCAGGCGCAUCCAAAACUCGUUGAGCGAACAUGGAAAGGCGUGCCAGACCGUCUACGAGCAAGUGUGUGGUGGAGUUUCAUGAAAACCGCCUCAUCCAAUGAUCCAGAUGCCGAUACCGAAGACACACUCAUGAAAGCUUUUUAUACCUUGCAAAACACAACAAGUCCCGACGAUCUACAGAUCGAUUUGGACGUACCACGAACUAUCAACCACCAUGAAAUGUUUGGACAAAGAUACCGAGGGGGUCAGCGACUUCUCUUCCGCGUUCUUCAUGCGCUGUCCCUCUACCUCCCUGAUCUUGGCUACACCCAGGGCAUGGCAGCGAUUGCGGUUACACUCUUAUGUUAUUUUCCAGAGGAGAGAGCUUUUAUCAUGAUGAUACGCAUUUUCAAAUAUCGAGGCCUCGCAGACUUGUACAAGCCUGGAUUCGAGGGCUUGAUGGUGUGCCUAGAGCAAUUCGAGAAGAAAUACCUCUCGAAAAAGCCCUUGAUAGCCGCGAAACUUGAAAACCUGGGCAUUUCGCCAACAACAUAUGGCACGCGGUGGUACCUUACACUUUUCAAUUACUCGAUACCCUUUCAUUGUCAGUUGCGGAUUUGGGACCUAUACAUGUUGCUGGGGUUUGGAGUUUUGCACGCGGCAAGUGCUGCCUUGGUGGAUGCCUGCAGGGAGGUUUUGGAGAUGGAGAGCAGCGACUUUGAGAAUGCGAUGAAGCUGUUGACGGGCUUUAUUACGGUCAAGGAUGAGGAUUUCUUGAUUGCUACCACGAAGGCUGAGUGGCAGCUUGAGAAGAAGGCGCAGAAGGCGGCGCGAUAGAUGGCACAUGGGAGAUGGGAGACUGGACAACGUGGGGAACGAACGGGUAAUGGGAAAUGAACACACAAAACCAAUUAAUGUAUUCUUAAUUGUCCCCCCCCCGGAAACCAAGAACUCGAAAAUUACAUCAGGAUUUUUGGAUCGUGCUCAAAGGAGCUUUGAUAUUGAGUUGAGUGCUACUUUUGUGAGAUUGUGGACUUGUCAUAAUCAUGCGUGCUUGUGCCGGUAUAUAUAUAUAUAUCUC